GUUCAAGUGCCUUAACAUUAACUUGCCAUCCAGUAUGAUGAAGUUCCUUAUUCUCAUAGUGUUGGUGUCCAUUGUAGUUUCUGAAGCUCGUUAUGACAAGCAAACAUCACCUCCCAGGGAGCCAUACAAUCCUCUUCCAGCACACGAAUCCAGCAGCCCAAUGCCUUACAAGUUUGGUUACGAAGUCAAGGGCGAUGGUUACACUAGUUUUGGUGAUACGAGAGUUGGAGAUAGACAAGGUAAAGUGUCAGGAUCGUACCACGUUCAGCUUCCUGAUGGACGUCACCAGCACGUCACUUACAAAGAUGAAGGAAAAGGAUUUAUGGCUGAUGUCAAGUACGACGGAGAGGCCAAAUACACUGAGUCUAAGUCAGUCGAGUACAAGGAACUAGCAGACGCUUACGGGACAUCCUACAAGUCAGCUGAUUAUGGGCUGUCCUACGUGAAGCCGUCCUACAAGGAGCUAUCCUAUGAAAAGUCAUUCAAAGAGAAUCAAUUAAACGAAUGGGAGAAUGAAAAAUCGCGAAAAUCAUACGAUGAGAAGUCAAAAGAACGAGUUGACGCAGGACCAGUUUAUAAUUUUCCGACGGCCUUGUUUUAUCAGGAGAUAUCGAGCACUACGUCAUCAUACGAGGAACACGAAUACACCCCAACCAGCGACAAGCCUGUCUACACUACCCAAAUUUCACACACAACGAAGAAGUACAGUGCUCCUACUCCGUCUAGCACGUCGUUUUGGAAACCCAUUUCUGUUACAUCGACUUACAAGCCUGUUUACACAACAGCAAACUACAAAACAUCGAUUUUCACAACCCCAGCACCUAUAACUCCUACCACCUCAAACUAUCGUAAACCCAUUUACUCCACCGAAGCCUAUAAGAAAACGAUCACCACCAAGGCUUAUAAAAAGCCUGUCACUACCCCAGUGUACAAGGCGCCUGUUCCCACUACCCCUGCGUACAAAACUCCGUCUACCAGCAAAACGCACAAGCCUUCUUAUCCUGUCACUACCCAAGCUUACAAGAAGCCCAUCUAUUUCGAUCCGGUUUAUAAGACUCCUGUUGUUACUACCCCAGGUCCAAAACAUUACAAGAAUCAUCCUUACACUCCCAAAGCUUACAAGGCAGCAUCUUACCAGAUCUUACCUCAAAAAGCGUUCGCUGUUUACAAACCACAUUCGAAUAAGGUUCCCGACAUAACACGAGUUGCUCCGUACACUGCUCCGGUGUACAAGACUCCUAUUUACAUAGCUCCAGGGUACAAUAACGUUUCUCCUAACAAAGUGGCAACUUACAAACCCGCAAAGUAAGUACACGUGAAACAUAUACAAGGGACAAGCAGCGCGAGACCCCAAAACCAUUAGUUGAUUUCUAAGUUCAAUGUUUUCCACAAUUAUCACUGUUGUAUGCUCCCUUUUCAUGUGUGUAAUGUGUGCACUCAGACAUAUUGCUGAUCGUUCUAAAAAUAUAAGAGCCUUGUUUGAAA